CAUUUGUCCUAUCCAUCCAAUCCAACCUCACAAUGGCCGUCCCAUUAAGGCCUUCAUUAAGUAGAAUAGCUGUCUCAUUCUCAUCCUCAUCCAUCGCCGCCCGAUCCCUCCCCCCAGCCAGCUCCCGCUGCUUCUCCCUCCUCAACCGCCCACCCCCAAACUACGACGGCCACAUCCCCCUCACCAAGAUCGAACGCGCCGCCUUAGCCAUUGGCUCCGGCCUCCUCUCAUUUCGCGAUCCCGGCCGAGGUGACCUCAUCGCCGCCCUCGGCGAAGCCACCGCACAACCCUUCUUCAUCUCCGCCCUGCGCAACCGCAUGCUGCGCUCGCCCACCGGCCGGCGCAUCCUGCGCGCGCGCCCGCGCAUCACCUCCACCACGCUCGACAUCCCCGCGCUGCGCGCCAUGGCGCCCAACACGCUCGGCUACGCGUACGCCGACUGGCUGGACCGCGAGGGCGUGUCGCCCGACACGCGCGCGGCGGUGCGCUACAUCGACGAUGCCGAGUGCGCGUACGUGAUGCAGCGGUACCGCGAGUGCCACGACUUCUACCACGCGCUCGUGGGCCUGCCCGUGUUCCGCGAGGGCGAGGUGGCGCUGAAGGCGUUUGAGUUUGCGAAUACGGGCCUGCCGAUGACGGGGCUGAGCGUGUUUGCGGCGCUGACGCUGAAGCGGAGGGAGUGGGAGCGGUUUUGGGGCGUGUAUGGGCCGUGGGCGGUUAGGAAUGGGUGGCUGGCCGGGGAUGUGAUUAAUGUGUUCUGGGAGGAGGAGUUGGGGACGGAUGUGGGGGUGUUGAGGAGGAGGUUGGGAAUUGAGAAACCGCCGGAUUUGAGGGAGAUCAGGCGGAAGGAGAGGGAGAAGAGGAAAAGAGAGAAGGCGGAGAGGGAGAGGAGGGAUGGGGGUGUUGCGUUAUAGCUUUUUGGUGUGUAAUUGUACAGUCAAGAAGAGGUGAUAAUGCUACAGGGAGGUAUCUAUAUACAGGGAACCAUUAGGUCCCUCACUUGGCCUCCUUCUCAGCCUUCUUCGCAAUCUCCUCCGCCUUUUCUGCCUUCUUCGACAAGACCUUCGAAACCUCAUUCAC